AUGACCAAAUCCAUCCAGUUCCUCGCCGUGGCACUCUCGCUCCUCGCCGCCGGCGCGACCAGCGGCGGCCACCAGCACGCGUGCCCUGAAGCCCCGUCGAUGACCGCGGUGAAGGCGUGCUCGGUGGUCUGCGGCACGCGCCGCAUGCACCGGCUAUGCCUCCGCACGCUCCUGGGGCGCCGCUCGCGUCGCGCGGCGUCGCCGGUCACUCGCUAUGCCGCCAUCGCGGCGCGCAGCGCUCUCGACGCCUACGAUGCCACCAAGGCGGCCGCCAGGCAGGCGCUGCUGUACGACCGCCGCGGCGGCCACGCGGUACUCCCGAGCGACGAGCGGGUCGCCUACGCCGGCUGCCUGCAUGGUUAUGAGGCGGCCCGCCGGUCCAUGAGCCACAUCGCCGACGACCUGGCACGGGCGGGGAACUCCUCCACCUGCGACGGGGCCGCGGACCUGAAGCAGGACUACAUGGGCGGCCUCCGCGGUAUGGACGCGUGCAGGAGGAGACUGCUCGCCUACCCGGCCUCGCCGCUGAGCGACAGGAACCUCGCCGAUCGGAACAAGACCCUUCUGGCCGGCUUGCUUUGCAGCCUGGUGCCGACGCCGCCGGAGGAACGACGCGGCGUGGAUGCCUAUAGAUCCAUUGGCAUGCAUCCAUAACUUUCGAAGAAAUUAAUAGCUUGGCUGUAAGCAAGUUAAUGACAAUAAGAAAUUUGUCGGCUUGCAUCGCUGCAAUA